AUGAAUGGCGAGGAAAUAGACUUUAAGGUGGAAGCGGAGAUGGUGAUAGCUGACAUAGGAUUCGCAGUAGAAGAGAUGAGUAUCUCCAACAAAUUACCCUCUUCCCGCGAAUAUGUUUACUUGAAUAUUUUAACUAAAGAGCACAGAAGUAUUUGCGUCGAACUAAGUGUAUUAGGAUUUCGGGUGAGUACUUUCAUCGUUUACCUGGUUUGCAUUACCUGAGGUUGAUAUUGGAAUUUGUGGUAAUUGUAGUGAAUAACUAAGAUUAACCAAGUGCGACCAGCCGAGACGUUGGAAUCACUCGCGAUCGGGGAAUAAUGUAAUGAGUGAACAUACCGAAGCUUCCAUGGUGUUGCCAGGGAUUUUCCUAGGUCAUGAAAGAUGAUUACUGAGAAAAUAAUCAGAUUAUCAAAUUCAGCGGCGUUUAGGGUCGUUUUAACGACCUCUGGUUUAUUUAGUUUUAUUAUUAAUGACAAUAACUUCAAAAGUUGUCAUGUUUCUUCUUUAUUUUGAAAAACAAAAUUAAAACCGAGUCUCAAGAAACUGUAAAAAAAAAUCAAACCACUUUAUCGUUAUAAAGUGAUUUUCCACAUUUAAAAAUCUAGCAGAUAGUUCCUAAAUUCAGGAGUGCGUUAAGUUUUUCAUUUCGAAUUGUCAUACGUAUUUCAUCUUCUUCAGGCUGGUAAUGAAGUUAAUUCCUUACAGUGUUGUAAAAUAAACUAUUAAUGUCAAUAGACUGAAAACAAGCGAUGCACCCAGCUGAAAGAGCAAAAAAGUUUCUUGAUAAAGGCAAAGAAAAGGUUAUAAUAACAAUUAAUGUUAUCUAGGAAUGCGUUCGUGAAAAAAUAACUCCUGACUAACAAAAAUUUGAAGAGAGCUUCCUCUCCUGGGAGGGCUCUACAAUAACAUGUAUUAUUUAUUGAAUUUUGUUUGAAACACAGUCCCAAAUUUGCAUGUUAGAAAAGAAAAGAAAAAAGAUGGUCAAUUGCAGUGUUGAAAUUUUUUUUCCACAAAUAUGUUUAUUCCCCAGAAAACACUCAUACCCCUUUCAUAGGUGUUCCAGAAAUUUUAGGGUUUUAGGCAGUAUACAUACUUAAGAUCAUUUCCAAUGACCCUCCACAAUUAAAUCCAAGAGUUAAAACAGGUGCAAUGUUUAUAAAGUUUUAGUUAAAUGACAAUAUGUUUUGAAGUUUAUUUUUGGUAGUUUUAUUCAGUUCAGUGACCAUCUAAACAAAUCAUUUUAUUGUUGGAGGUGAACAAUCCUCGUCCAAAUGCAAAGCCAUCCAAACAUUCUUGUUGUUCUCAUCAUUACAGUAAGGAAAACUUUUUCUUACUUAUAUCAUUUGAAAAACUUAAGAAUGGAUUUAAUGCAAAAUUUAAAUCAAUGACAAAGCUUACCUGUGAUGGAUCUCCCUUUAAUUUAUAAUCCCAAAAUAAAAAGUAUUCAAACAAAAAAAAACAAAAAAAAUAGGAGUCUCAUUUUCAGAGCAAAUGCAGAGCAAGAUAUUAUAUAUUCUUAUUUCAUCUCUGCACACACAGUACAGUUGAAAGGUAAAGAGGAGAGGUUUAUUUUUUACCAUUUUCAGGAAAACAUGAUUUUAAGUCUCCCAGUUGACUGUGAUAAACAUGAUUGUUAUUAAUCUCCAACCAUCUUUUGUGAACUCUUCUUUAACUCUUUUCAUCCUAACAUCAGUAUGCAUAUUCUCCAUUUAACAAAUAGAUUCCAAGUUGCUGUGCGUCUUCAGUAAUAGAUCACAGAUGACGUCAAAAUGUGGUAAGAACAAACAAGUGGCACAUGAGGCGCAGCCGAGUGUGUCACUGAUGUUCUUACCACAUUUUGACGUCCUCUGUGAUCUAUUACUGAACAGACGCAUGGCAACUUGGAAUCUAUUUGUUUUAUAUAAUAAAUAAUUUUAAAAAUUUUUAAUGAUGACGUUAUCUAUACGUCUGUCCUCCAAAAGAUCAUAAGUGAGGACCAAUCAGAAUGCGUGCAUAACUGAGCUCAUUAUAUAAAAUGUUCUAAAUAUAUUUCUUAGGGCGCUAACAAGGAGAACUUGUUUAACAGUCAAGAGAUUCUUUAGUUGAGGAUUAAUUUGUGUUCUUUUCUUUUUAUCCUUUAUUUUUACGAUCUUAAUGAGUGAUUCAGGGUUCGUAUUGUAAAGUGAAAUUGAUGCUUGUCACUCUUAGGGUUCAUUGGGUAAAACAUCAAUUUUUUAUCUUCUUUCACUGUGAUUGUGGCAUUUUCUUUUUGCUUCUUUUUGUCAUACAUUUCUGUUGUUUCUAUUUCAAUUUGCUUUAUUUCAGAUCGUUGGCGAAAAAUUUGACGACAAUCAAGAAAACAGUAAUUCCAAAUACUAUGAAACAAUCUAUGCCUUAUUAGACUCCACAAGUCCAGGAUAUACAAAGUCAUUUGGUGAAGCAUUGGUCAGGAAGCUGUCAUCACUACAAAGUCCUACUAGUGAAGAUUUAGAAAUACCUGAUGAGUGUGCUGAUGAAGCUGCAUGUUCAUAA